UGCGGAGAACAGGUUUGUACUGGUACAGAACUCAGGAAUACUGGUUAGGGUAACUGCCCGCCGUUACAUGACUGAAAUACUGUUGAAAAACGGCGUUAAAACCCAAAACAAAACAAACAAAAAACAUAAUUUUCCAAUGGCAAUUUCUUGCCAUUAUCGCAAUGUUUUGUAUAUUUGAUUACCAACUGAAACAUUAGAUUACUUGAUGUAUUGGUAAUAAAAAGAGCAUUGAAACUCGAGGAUAAACGAUUUGUACGAGGGGGCGUAGCCCCCGAGUAUAAACCGUUUACCCGAGAGUUUUAAUGUUCUUUCUGUUUUGUAUCAUAGCCAUCCAUAUAUGGUAGUUCAGUAGGCGUUCCACAUUGCUAUAUACAGCAGUUCAGUGAGUACUUAAAAUCCUUGCUUUUACAAAUGUGUAAAGCUCAGGUAAAAUAAACCAAUGCGAGCGCAGAAAAUCAAUAAAAUACCAUUCGCUGUCUGCUGUUAGAGACACGCCCAUACACGCUGGCAUACUUUCCUAUCCAACAGUGCGGUAACUAGCGUGCGGGUAUUUAAUACCUGCACACUUUUAGUGACCGCACCCUGCACUCAGUGUAUACGAUUUACCUGCACAAAAUUUGUUAAGAAAAAACACCUAGCUAUGAUACAAUGAAAUUUAUUGAUGACAAUUGUCUGUGUGUAUCAAACCAUACGUUUAUACGUGCAUCAUUGUAUUUUCCGCUCGCUAGCAUACUACGACAGCACUGAACGCUUACAUUUUGUGUUAAAUGACCCAAAGAUAAACUGGAAACCGGCGACUGAUAAUGACACGGACCGAAACAGACACAUUUUAAGAGAUGACAGCGAAUUAACAUCACUAGAACAUUGUGACCUAGAAAAUCGUGGCAAGGAAAAUGCAAAUGAUAAAAUAACUAGUUCAGUAUUUGAAUGCAUCCAAAUGCCUUCCCGUGUCAAAGUUCAAAUUUUUUCUUACUGGACUUUACUGGAACAGUUAACUUAAUGAUGUGCAUACAUCAAUGCUUGAGAAAAAAUGGUACGAUGCGCUGACUGAUUACCAUGAAAUUCGUCCGGUUCCAUUUGCUUCCAGUAUAAAACAACAAAAUACGAAUUUAGGCGUAUACACAAAUAUCACUUUCAGCAAUACCUUUUGAAACUUGACCAAGAGUUAGACCGCCCGGCAGAAGUGGACCAGAUUGAAUUCUAGAAAAUAGUAAAUGGUAGGGAAAACACUGAGCUAGAGUAUCUUCAGGUGCAGGUAUAAUGUUCAAUAACCAAAUUUACAGAGACGCACAAGAUCCAACUGAACAAUAGGCGUUAUAUUUUUAGAGACUUGUAUAGUCCAUGUGAAACUCAAUUUAAUGAUGAUCAGUGAUAUGAUGCUGCCAAUGAACAUAUUUUAACAGUAAAAGAUCGAAUGUAGAGAGAAAAAGUAGAGAAAAUCCAUAUAUUCACGCUUCGAAUUGUAUAUGUUGAUUUUAUCCACAUUUCGACCAUUAUAAGAAACAUAGGAUGUACCUUAGGUAGAUUUCUCCCAAAAAGAAGGCUCCUUUAUGAGUCCGAGUAAAUUAAAUGAUAUAGCGUCAUAUAUGCAUAAUCAACUUUAUAUAUAAUGGCGUUCAGAAGAAAUGUAUGCGCCUAUCCAAAUAUCUAAAGUUGCAGAAUUUAAUUGAGUGAAAACGGCCCCGUUUUCUAUAAGAAAACGUUGUUUUGCGGUCAAAUUGGGGUAGAGACGAUAAAAGAACAGAUAACUACUACUGACGUGUGUUCCCUCAGUAUUUGUUGUCUGUAUUGAUAACUGAAACAUAAGUGGGGACAAAUACUGUAAAUUUACCGAUUGUAUGCCUUGCGUUGUUUCUUCUCAUUCUUUUAAUUUCAAGUAUUUGCUAAAUAUGAGGGGUAAUCUAAAAUUACGUGGAUUUCUAUUAAUAUCAUUUAGCAGUAUUAAGUUUCGAAAUUUGGAUAGAAUAUUAUAUUCUAUUCAUUGCUUGAAAUGUUAACAAUACCUUCCUAUUUCUUUAUCGGGCGAAUAUGCCUCAGUAUUGUUGACAAGACGUCAAAAUUGUUAUUUAUUUUCAUAUUAGAAUAGAAUAUAGAUAGAGCAAGAAAGAGAUAUUUCUCUAUAACUCUGUAAAUAGUUCUAGAGUCCUGAUCAAGUUGUAGAGAAAAACUUAGAGUACUUUAAAGUUAUUUGCUUAUUCCUCAAUAUAUAGUUUUAGAAUGGAACUGGUUUUAAUCUGGAAAAGCCCAGCCAAACUGAUAUCAAUAAUAUUAAAGAUUAUUAUAAAGGUAAAUUGAAUUUUAAAAAGAAUGAUAAUAACAAAUAUGUUUUAUAUAUGUGUAUUACAAAGGGAAACAACUCAGCCAGAAAGUCUGUGCCAUUACCUACAGCUUUUAUCCCCCCUUUAAUAUCGUGCUUUUGUUUUGUUUACAAGCUAGAAAGUCCGUAAUAUCAGCUAAGUGCAGCUUUUAUCUACUUUCAAAUUUCGCUAGCGAUUGAAUAUACGACUAUUAUUAUUGUUAUUCACCGACUGUGGUCGCUCUAAUAUGUACAAUUGUCUGUUUGUUAUUUGACAUAUCAUGCUGUUAUAACUCUUUACUGAUCCAUUCAUGAUAUAUGUGAACAUGUUAAAUGAAGUCUCCAGAAAUAAAAUAUAACUUACAAAAAAGAACCUAUAGAAAUAAUAUUUUUGAAUUUGAUGAAGUUUUGUAUCUGGCGAUAUUACGUUAUUUGACAGAAAAAAAUAGGAAGCUCGAUAAUGUAUGAUUUCCUUUUUUUCUAUUACUAACCUCCAAAACAUUCUAUUCUUAUCGAAAAGAUAUAUCGUGUUAUUUACAUUAAAGAAAACGAACAUUCACUAUUGUUAAUAUGUUUGAUGUAAUAAAAAUUAAUAUGAAUAUUAUGGGUAACUAAAUAUAAGAAUUUGCAAGCCCUCUUAGCUCAAUAGGGAGAGCGCAGAUCUACGGAUCUCAGAGCCGUGAGUUCGGGUCUUGGGCGAAGCGCAUGUUCUCCAUGACGAGUUGAUAAAAGACACUGUGUCUGCAAUCAUUCGUCCUACACCCGCCAGCUUAACUCAGUAGGAAGAGCGGUGGUUACGGAUCGCGGGGUCAUUGGUUCGAUAUCCGGGUGGGGCGUAUGUUCUUCGUGACGAUUUGAUAAAAGACAUUGUGUCCGAAAUCAUUCGUCCUCCACCUCUGAUUCAUGGGGGAAUCUGGCAGUUACUUGCGGAGAACAGGUUGGUACUGGUACAAAAUUCAGGAAUACUGGUUAGGGUAACUGCUCACCGUUAAAUACAACUCGUUUAAAUGGGUCAACCGCAUUGUUGUACUUAUGAAAUAGAGUUGCCCGGAUUAUUGGUUGGUCAGGACUACGACAUGUAUUGUAUUUUGCCAUCGAAAUAUUUCUAAAAAAUGCUUCUUCUCCUUCCGUUUGCAUCCGUCCAUGUUUACAAACACGUUUGUUUAUUUUAUGAAUUGUAACUGAAAUACUGUUGAAAAACGGCGUUUAACCCAAAACAAUCAAACAAAUAUAAGUAUUUUAGGAGACAAACAUUCAAAUAUGUUUAUCAAUAUUAUUUUUAAGCGCAUGGUUUGGUUUAAUUUGUCGAUAGUCAUAUUGAAUACAAUUAGAUUAUUCGUUUAUAUACAAUGUACCAAAUUACUUAUGAUUUUUUUUUUCAGACAUUAAUUCAAUUUGGAUAUAAGGAAUGGAAGGCAAAAUUUAUACUGUUUACUUUUCAUCUUAAUCUGCAUUUCUCAAUAUUGUAAAAAAGAGAUUUGUCAUUUUUUCCUUAAAGCACUUUUUUUAUAUAUUUUUUCUUUAUAGAAAUACAUUCGCCUUUUUGUUUUCGUUACUUGUACUUUGUAUGUUGAAGUGUGUAUUUGUUAAUGUAUUCUACUUCACUUUUUUAUUUUUAGUGUAAUUUUGUCUGUGUAUAUAAAUAUUUGUAAACUGCAAUCAUCAACACUUCCAUUUUUGCACUGUAGGUUUCCAGCUAUUGGGAGGCUGCGUCCUUUAAAGAUGUCUCUUGUCCUUGUUGUCAGCACACUUUUAUAAUUUUUUCGCUAUGAAACAUAUAUGCGUAUACAAUUUAUUUCAUCAUAUACGCUGUUUUAAUAGUGUAUAAAUACACUUUUGUUUAUUUAUUUGCUAUAGGUGUAAAACUUUCUGGGCUCAAAUCCUAACAUUGUAUUUCUGUUUUCCUCCCAUGUAAUUCAUAAAGAACCCGCUUGACAAAUGGCAGAAUUCAGAACUAUGAUCUACAGACAAGGGGCUUCAAAUAUAAUGGGGUCUUCUAAAAUCACUAGAGGGUGAGGGUUUCACCUUCCAGCUCUAGGCCUAGUUAUCUUCACAUAUGUUUUUGUACAUUUUAUAAAAACAAAGGCAAUACCUUAGACAACAGUUCCAACGUAUUACCAUACACUUUUAAUAUGUUUUUAAACGCAGACGGAUGACAACUUUUAAUUAGUACUCUCGUUACAACAUUAUAAGCUGCAUUCUUAAAAAUAAAUUCAUUCAUAGUUUGUUCAGUCGAGUACUUCGUUAUGUGCUUAGAUAUGUUUCAUAAUGUUAACUUCCUUAUGAAUGAAACCCAUAUUAUUAUAACGUGCGGAUUUAUGCGGAAAAGAAAACCUCAUUACAUUGUGAAUGUGUCCGCUAUGUAAAGAGACCUAGUUAUCUCUAUAUAAGACAGACAUAGAAGUGUACAUUAAUAUACAUGUACUACUCUAACAUUGUGAUAAGAGAAAAAGAAAACAACAUCUAUCGUUUUUCUGCCAUUUGAUUUGUUAUUUUUUAUUAUGGCGAGAAUCAGAAUCUUUAAGCGGAUUGAUUUACACACCAUGAGCGUCAUUUACAGAACUAUAUAAAGUAUAUAAAGAGCGGUUUGCCAUUAUGUGUUAGUAUAAAAUGAUAUGUUUAUGAUCGGAAAAAGGAAUAUGCACCAAAUUAUUGAAUGUAAAAUGCAUUUUAACAUUGUAAGAACAAUUUAGAAAAUUUGAAACUUCAUAAACCUUUAAUAAAAAGAAUGGCUUCAAAACACAUGCCAGCAAGGAGCCCUCGACAUAUAACAUCUGACUGUUAUACAAGACCUCUGCUAAACGCUCCACUGCUGCAAAUGAUUGAAAGCAUUUUGCAAGUGCGACAACACAAUAGCAUUGAACUGGCUAUUUCUAAUAUGAAUUAUGAAGUAGUCCGCCAAUUCACAUUUGCUACAUAUCCAAGAAAAGGAAAACCUGACAUUCGACAGUUUAUCAUCGCCGGAUUUUAUUAUACUGGAUACGGAGAUGAAGUCGUUUGCUAUUGCUGCAAUUUAACUGAAAGUGGAUGGGCCGAAAAUGAUAUUCCGACAAAAACGCAUAUCAGACAGUCUCCAAACUGUGAUUUUUAUUCAAGAAAUUCAGAAGUCAACGUGCCAUUUUUCGAUUUGAUGGGUGAGGAGAGGUCGUUUCCUCAGGAGCAUACGCAAAUGUUACAGACACCUGUCCAAUACACCAGUGAAGACUUCCAGCCUAGAGGUACUUCUUCAGCACAAACGCCUACCGUCUUAACUGGUUCUAAACACGCAACAGAUGACAACCCGUCUACACAAAUGUUGAGUACUCGUCAUAACGUAAGGAGAAAAGCAUUUGUUAGAAGUCAGAUGGUACAAAGACAAUGUAAAUCUCUAUCGAGUUUAAAAUAUUCGGGAGGGGAGACAAUGGCGAAAACCCAAGCUACAUUUUCGCAUCAUCUUGACCUAAAAGACUCAAGGCAAUGUAGGCGGCUCGAGUUCAAUGCACCAAUGAACACUUCAACACGAAAAGUGAAAAAUAAUUUCCGUGUACUGGCUGCCGACAGAGAAGCACAAUCAAGGGAUCCAGGAGCAGAAAUGUACAUGUGCAAAAUAUGUUUGGACAGUACAGCCCGUGUUGAAUUCUUACUAUGUGCGCAUUUGGCUUGUUGCAGUCCAUGUUCAUAUUAUACUGACGUUUGUCCUGAAUGUAAACAAGAAAUAGAGACAAAGAUAAACGUGUCAAAUGUUCGAAGCAAAAGGCAAGAAAAUGUCUGAAAAUAUCCUGCUGGAGCUACAUCCACUGUGAAAUGGAGAAAGCAUGACGGAAAAAAACAUAAUGACAAAAACAGUGUAAUGCAACCGACAGAGUCAGUCUAAUGUUACUUGAUACAACCUAGAACUUAUGAAAGAAUGUAAUUAUUAUUACUGAUUAUUAGACUUUACUUUUAACUUGCAAAAGAAAAAUAAUUAUAAACUAUGACGAGUUUUCAAAGCUCUGUUGUUUAUAUUUAUAUUCAGAUUUUAACGCAUCUGUGAAAUUAUCACAUAUUCCUAUAUCUGUUCCUGUAUAUAUUGUAUUUUUAUUAACAUGGAUGUGCAAUUAAUCUUUUAGAAUUUUAAACCUUUAAUAUGUUAUUUCUACAAAUCGUUAUCUCAUGUAUUUAUCUCUCUUCGUAAUUUAAUCACAUUAACUUUAAGUUAGUAUUUCUUGUAUUCGCUAAAAACUGGUUUCAAUAUUUUUGUUUACCUCAUUGCAACAUAUUAAUAAAAUGUUACUACUUUGAAUUUCUUACCGUUUUUUACCGUAAGGAAUUCCAAAUGACUUAUCGUACUUUUUAGAAUGUAUGAAUUUAUGACAGCUGUUCAAUUCCGGAAAUGCCCUUUGAGAUGAGAUGAAUUAAUGCAUGGAGGGGCACCUGUGGUCUUCCUCCACCACAAUAUUACUUUUAAAUGUGUCGAUGCGACGUUAAAACCCACCGAAACAAUCAGCAACACAGAUCGAAAAGGUUUAUAAAUUAAAAGAAAGGAAAGAAAUAGAAGACACUCGUAAAGAACAGAAGUAACACAUGCCAUUUUGCGUUGUAUUCUUUACAUAUGGCAACUUUUGUUUUUAAUUUAUAACAGUUGUAAGUACAUCAUUAUUUUGAAACGUUUUCAGUGUUUUCAGUGCAAGAUUUCCCUUAGGAUUCAUUAAAUAUACGAAAUUAAGCCUCGAAAGUCUUAAAAUAUUAUCAAUAUUAUGUAAACAUCUCGUGCUAUUAGUGUGCAGUUCGACGAAAUAGGUUUUAUUAUAUUUGUAACGUUGUAAAAGAAUUUAAAAAUUUAAACUUCAUUAAACAUUUCAUAUAUUCAUUUAGAUUAGAUAUGAGCUGACAGUUUACGUGACUUUCUAAAUACUGUUAUUUGUUAAAAUUCAUUUAUUUAUUUUUGUAUGUUUUCUUAAAAUAUGUUUGCUUUAUCUGUUUUUAACAAGCUGGUUGCGUGUGGAUGAUUAUUUUGGCAUUCUAAAGUAACAUUUCUAUAGCCGUAUCUACUGUAACGUAAAUUUAUCUAAAGAUGUUGUUGAUGCGCCCAGUUUCUUUCUCUAUCGAAUUACAGAACUAAUUUUUAUCUAAGUUAAAAAAAAUCAUAUAUGGGUUUUCUGGUUAUCUUGUAUCUACAUCUUCUUUUUAAAAUAAUUAUUUCAAAAUGGUGUCCAAUGUCUUGUUAAAAUACCGAAAAAGGAAGUACAGCUUAAUUAGAUAUUACUUAUUUUGUCUUUAUAUGAAGUGUUAAACAUUCUGUCUUACUUACAUUCGCUUUAAACACUUUUAGCUCUUAAAUCGUUCUUUUUCUACUUAUAAUGUCAUAAUUUCAUAAAGGUUAAAGAUAAUCAUCGCGUUGCUGAAACAAUUGAGCUUCUUAUCUAUGCAAUUAGAAGAGUUUCAAGAAUUAUAAAUGUUCCUGGUUUACUUUGUUAUACUUUGGAAUAAUUAUCUCGCCGGUGGCUUUUGACAUCAUCACUAGCACUUAUAUUGAUGUAGUUGUAGUUUCUUUAUUCAGAAUUAAAGUUACAGACGGCGCUCAUUUUUCAGGACAUUGCAACAUUGCUGCGGAUGGAUGAUUCAGAGUUAGAACAAUUUGUAUUCGGCAAAUCUUUUAGAAAUUAAUUUUGAUUAUAAAA